AUGCCUGAGCUCCCUGAGGUUCAUAGAGCGGCAAACUUCAUAAAGACUCACGCCCAAGGCAAGACCAUCAUUAAAGUAGACGCGAACGAAGACACUAUCGUAUUUUCGGGAACGACUCACGAAGAAUUUGCAAACGCUGUUCGAGGGAGGACAGUAAAAGACGUAGGAAGAUACGGGAAAGUGUUCUAUUUAGAUCUGGAUGGGGAUGGUCCUAUGCCCGUUAUGCAUUUCGGUAUGACUGGGAAUAUUCUUAUCAAGGGUGAGAGCCCUCUUACCUACAAAGAGGGUCCAAAGAAGAGUGACACACUCUGGCCACCUCGUUUUACUAAGUGCAUCCUACAUCUUGAAAAUCCACCUCCUGCUCCGGCAACUCAAAUUGCAUUCAUUGAUCCUCGCCGCUUGGGGCGUAUUCGACUUUGCAAAGAGCCAUUGCUGGAACCUCCGAUAUCACUUCUGGGCUUCGAUCCAAUCUUGCGCAUGCCAUCCUUGGAUGACUUUUCAAAAAGUGUUUUAAAACGAUCAUGUCCAGUAAAGGCUCUUCUCCUUGACCAAUCCUUCAGUGCGGGCGUAGGGAACUGGGUGGCUGACGAGAUUCUGUACCACUCACGAGUCCACCCUGAACAAAGAUGCAAUACUUUAUCAUCCGACCAGGUAUCUGUUCUGUACAAGAAUACGUCGUAUGUUUGCCAAACAGCCAUUUCUGUAAAUGCGGACGCGGAUAAAUUUCCGGACAACUGGCUGUUCAAUCAUCGCUGGGGAAAGGGCAAGAAAAAGCACCUCAAUCCACUCAAAUUACCUUCCGGGGAGCUUGCAACCAUCAAAUGGCUAAAAGUCGGUGGUCGCACGUCAGCGUUUGUAACUGAGCUGCAGACUGCAAAUGCCUCUAAGUUAGGGAGCGAUAAUCGCAAAGAAGAGGCAGACGAAGAAAGUUCGCUCACAUCCCUUUCCGAACUCGAUGAAAUUUCUCCUAAGUCGAGGCCCAAGCGGGCUCGCAAAGCAAAGCGGGCGGCGACAAAGCCAACUGGCAGGAAGCGUCAGAAAACGGAACGCGUAUAAAUCAUGGUGGGAUAUCUGCAAACUCCACAAACACACAAUAGCGAGGUUAUUGUGCCGACCAAAGUCGCCUACUCGCUCUCAUCCUCUGACUCAUCCUCGUCAUAAUUUUCUUCUGCCUCGUCGUCAAUGAAACCAUUGACUAAGUUACCUUCGUCGCUGUCCUCAACUUCGUCACUAUCAUAGUCAUUUUCUUCAUCACUGACUUCCUCACUUUCUCCGCCCAAUUCCACGUCUUCUACGCUACCCUCGUCAUCCUCUUCAAUCUCGACACCCUCAUCCUCCUCCUCUUCGUCCGUGCUCUCGCCUUCAAUGUAUUUUAAUGGUUCUCUUUUCGCGCUUCUGCGUUUCUUGCUUUUUUGCUUGGAUAUUCCCAAAGGAGCAGGUGCAGUCGACGAGCGAAGUUCCACCUGUGCAAGAACGAGGUCUAAUCGCCCACUUAGUGACAACAAGCGUUCCUGCAGUGUCAGGCGCGUUGUAAGCGUCGAGUGCAGGUGUGAAAGUCGAGCGACAAGGUCUGGCAUCGUCAUCAAAUGCCCACCAUGGAUGAUUAAUACUGCCCGGACCCACUUCAUUAAUGCCAUCCCCCUUUGUGCACUCGCCCCUCCCCCUCUCCCCUUUACGUGCGUUCCUCGAGGACCACGUCCAAGACGCUCGACACAAGCAUUCAAACAAGGGACAGCAAGUUGUGACGGUAAUCGUGCCACAGUAUUACGCACAAGAGUCUCAUCUGAAUGCGUGAGGCAAGCCUCAAGCAAGCUCGUGUCUCCCGAGUGUAAUGCUUGUAUAAGAGUUCGUGUAAGUGAAUGUGCAGGAACGGAUCCUCGUUUUAGUUGGUUAAGCUCGCGUUUGGAGAGUCCGGAAGUCCGAGCACCGGUGUCGCUACCAGAUUGUCGUUGUUCGAAAGGCGCUCCAUCACGCCCAAUAGCAUUCGAUCGAGCUGCAAGACGUUCACCGAGACUGAGCUCCGCCAGGUCCGCGUCAAGACCGCCUUCAACUUCGCGUUCAAUUUCGCCGUCAAGUACUGGAUCAUGUGGAAUUUCUGCACCACUUGCGACAGCUACACGGGUAGACUCUGCGUAACGCCUGUUCACAAUAGCGCCGCCGUUUGUGUCCUUUGUGAAAGUAAUCGGGGUUGGAUUAGAUUCCAACGCAUCCUCGACUACAGGCAGCGAAAUGGAUGACGUUGCAACAGGUCGUGACUUGGGAGGCUUUGCACG